CUUCCCAGCAACAACGACCCUGAAGAUAACUGCAGCAGCAACAGCCUCCACCUGCUGCCACCAUGUGUUACUUUCUACAGAGUGUCUAAUGGAGCUUCCUUUGGUGCUGAUCAGCAGCUGCUGGAUCAACUCAAGGAAUAUCCUCAUUUCCAUUUAAAAGAAGCAAAAGGAAAGCAUCUGGAUAAAUGUCAGAUUAUUUUGGUGUUCUGUAUCAUCAACACUCGCAUAGAGUCAGAUGUGGAGGCUGCCAUGGAACAAAUCCCAGAGUCAGCUGGUGAUAAACCUGUGAUUCUUGUUGUGAUGCACCACACCAGAGACAUCGACUUUUUUGCUACAAAGAAGAAAUGGAAGAAAGAUUAUGAACAAGUUCAGCUUGAUGUGGAAGUUCUCUUUCACAGGACUGAAGAAGGGUUACUGAAAUGUGAGAAGAACCAGCAAGCUGUUGAAGAAAUACUAAGCAAUGUUAAACACAUAAGAAAUAAAGUAUAUCAGAAAUGGUUGAAAGGGCAGAAAAGAGGGACUGAGAGGGGAGGAAAGGAGAAGAAACAAGAAGAUGGAGGAGGAAAGGAGGAGAGGAAAGGAGAAGGAGGAGGAAAUUACAUGAAAAAGGAAGUAGGAGGAAAGGAGGAGCAGAACGAAGACGGAGGAGAAAAU